CAACUGCGCGGGAAUUUAACAAAACUGACAGCUUUGUUUUAAGAAAAGAGCGUGACACAAGGUGAAAGUAUAAUAUAUAUGUAUAUUUUUCUUUUUAUGAACGCUUGCAGAGAUAAAAAGGUGCAUGCAUCAAUGUUUUGCACUGCAUAGUCUGAAUCCAAGAGCAUAUUGCAUUUAGAUUUCAACAUUUUCUCGUUUAAUAAAUACACCAUGCCUGCAACUUCAGAAAUGAAUGCAUGCGCGCAGCCUUCUGAAGUUAAUAUCAAGGAGAAGAAAGAAGCUUAUAAACCCGAGAAGAAUUUCACAAUGUUUUGUGAUGAGCAAGGUUAUCUGGAUCAAGUUGAGUACAUCAUGCAACACGGAUUCAGAAAAGGGGACCGGACCGGUACUGGGGUCGUCUCCGUGUUCGGUUCACAAGCAAGAUACAGUCUGAGGGACCAGUUCCCACUGUUGACAACAAAGAAAGUGUUCUGGCGAGGCAUAUUGGAAGAGCUGUUAUGGUUCAUCAAGGGUUCAACAAAUGCCAAAGAACUGUCUGCAAAGGGUGUGAAAAUCUGGGAUGCUAACGGAUCAAGGGAGUUUUUAGACAGAAGCGGCUUUACAUCUAGAGAGGAAGGAGACCUUGGGCCUGUCUACGGCUUCCAGUGGCGACACUUUGGGGCAGAAUACAAGGAUAUGAACUCGGAUUACACUCAACAAGGUGAGGAUCAGCUGCAGAAAGUUAUUGACACCAUUAAAACCAACCCUGAAGAUAGAAGGAUUAUCAUGUGUGCUUGGAAUCCCAAAGAUCUACCUCAAAUGGCUCUUCCUCCCUGCCAUGCCUUGUGCCAGUUCUACGUGUGUAACGGUGAAUUAUCCUGUCAGCUCUACCAGCGAUCAGGAGACAUGGGACUGGGUGUCCCGUUCAACAUUGCCAGCUAUGCAUUGCUCACGUAUAUGAUUGCCCAUAUAACAGAGCUAAAGCCUGGUGAUUUUGUACACACAUUGGGAGAUGCGCAUAUUUAUGUAAACCACAUUGAGCCUUUAAAAAUCCAGCUUCAGAGAGAACCCAGGCCUUUUCCUAAACUGAAAAUCUUGCGCAAAGUGAACAGUAUCGAUGACUUCAAAGCUGAAGACUUUGAAAUUAUUGAAUAUAACCCCCACCCUGCUAUUAAAAUGCAGAUGGCAGUGUAACAACUUUAGUACUUUAAAUGAUAUGGAUGCAGUAGCUUUUCAAGUUUGAAUGAUUUAAUUUAGUUUAUACAUAUUUUAAUUUAAUCUUGAUUGUCAUGGUAAUAAAUGUUUGUU